AUGAUAUUUUCUUAUUUCAAAAUAUUAUCUAUAGAAAUACUAGUGUGUUUAUUACUCCUAUUAAAUAUUGAUCAGCCUAAAGAUAUAAAUCUUAUAAAAAUAGAUAUACACAAUGUAUUUGUUAAAGGGAAUACAAGAUAUUUAGCAGAAUAUAAUAGUGAAAAUAAAGAAGAUCAAACAUUACAACAGAAAUCACACCUCGGAAUAGUGAAAAAUAUAUUUACCAAAAAAGAACAAAAAAAAAAAAAAAAAAAAUUACCUAAAUCACAAAGAGCAACAGCAACAGAAAGAGCACUAGCAAUGAACGCUUAUGUAGAUUACUUAAAGGAAACCUGCAACGGAAGUGAAAAACUCAUGAGUCUUAAAUUUAUUUCAUACCUUAUUAGAUAUAUGGAUAUAACAUAUGAAGAAAAAAAAACACUUCAAGGUCUCGUUGAGCAAUAUAUAUAUAGUAACAUUGAACAUGAGAAAUAUGAAUUGUCUAAACUUAUUGAUGUUUAUAUAAAUAAAGAAGAAGAUGAAUAUACUAUAAUUAAUUUUAAAAAUAUUCUUUAUGAUAAAGAAAGAGUAGAAUCCUUAAAAUAUUCUGAAAAAUGUUUGUUUUUCUAUAAGAUAUUUCCCUUCUUGUAA